AGGAGUUCCUCUCGGCUGGAGUUAUAGAGUGUCCGCACUUCACUAAUUGGCCCGUGCUGUGCUGAGGUCUCCUGUCCGACGCCGAGCCUCAUCGGGAGACGGGGGGAGACGGUGGACAGCUGCUGGUGGAUAGUGAGAUAAACGGACUGCCCGGGACAGGACAGUGGAGCAGGGGAGACGACCGGCGCAAGACCAGAACAAGACAGCUGUCGGAGACUAGGACUAGACAGCUAAACAGAACCGGGACAGGACCAAGCAUUAGACUGCCAAGUGCAGAAGACAAACCAGGGGCAGGACCAGACAACUGUCGCCGACGGUACCCUUAGACAGUGGAACAUGGGAAACGAACUGGGGACCGUACGAGUGACCGGGACCAGAACCAGGACUACACAGGGGAGCGUGAGAGAGGACCGGGACAUGGACGGGCCGGCACCGGACAUCGGCGUGAUGGACCUCCGAUCUCAGCUCCUGGAGCUGCUGGGUCUGUUCUUCAUCAUCCUGGCCUGGCUGUGCUCGCUGACCACCACGCUCAUGUCCCAGUGGCUGACCCUGGCCACCGAGCUGCUGCCCGCCGAGAGCUACGAGCUGGGCCUGUGGGAGACGUGCGUGGUGCAGGAGCUGGGCAUCAUCGAGUGCAGCCCCUACGACAGCCUCCUGGGCCUGCCGCCGGACAUCCGCCUCGCCCGCCUCCUCAUGGGCGCCUCGCUGUCCACGGGCAUCCUGGCGCUGGCGCUCGCCGUGCCCGGCAUGUACGUGGUGAACAGCUGCAGGGGCACGGAGACGAUCCGCGCCAAGCGGGUGCUGAAGAUGCUCGGCGGCGCCCUCUCGCUGACCACGGCAGUGCUGGGCCUCAUCCCCGUCUCGUACGUCGCCCACCUGACGGUGCAGCGCUUCUUCGACGAGUCCGUGCCAGGGGUGGUGCCACGCUGGGAGUUCGGCCAGGCGCUGUUCUGGGGGUGGGGCGCGGGGGUGCUGCACCUGGUGGCCGGCCUGAUCCUGGUCAGCUCCUGCGUGUGUCUGCAGGACGAGACCUGCCCCGCAGCGGGGGCCAUUCCCCUGACGGACCUGGAGGUCAACCACAGAUUAGGAAAACGUUCAGGUUACGUGUGAGCGACGCAAAACGCACCUCUGCAAAUAUACCACAUGGACCAGAGUUAGAUUUUUUUCAUCCACUAACCAAAAAUCAGAUCUUUUUUGGGCUGGAACUGUUUUAUGGUGACAGAUAUACAGCCAUAAGAUCUUGUUUGUACUUGAUGGAAU